ACAACUGCGUGACUAGAUGUGGACUUAGCUAUGAGCCAUCGCACUGCCUGGUGAGUGGGUUGGUGGGUGUGCUAUUCGUUGUCCUAUCCUACCUUUAAUAAAAAUAGGAGUUUAAAGUAACUAUCGGUACUAUAAAUUAGAUGGUUAGCUGUCGUACAGACGAUACGAACACUAGAUCUUGUGGAGUUUGUGUGAAGUGGACUCAUCCCGGAUAAACAAAUCUUCUAAAUAAAGCGGUCGGUUUUCCAACUGUCCCUGAAGGCAGCAGUUCUCCAGCUCGCGCAGUAGCUCGCGCAGUAGCUCGAUGGCGCAUCGCCGGUCAACCGUAGUUUUGUAGGAAGUACCCGAAGCUCCCGGCGAAAGAAAAAAACGACCCACCGUGAGUGACAUCAUCCGCACGCACACGCCAAAACACAUCUGACGUUUUGCUUCUCCCCAACGUCACCGUUUUACGCUUCCUGGCUAACGUAACGUUAGCAUCGAUGCGUUAACGUUAGCUUCAGCUCGCGUUCCUAGCCGGCGCGCGCGACGUCAGCUGAGUUGUUUGCAGUUGACAUUUCUAAACCGAUCACCGAUGGAUGCCCUCGGGGAGCAGAACGCCGCCCUUGUGGCUUUGGCCUUCCUUCAAGCCGACUGCGCGUCUCCGGGUUACGGGAAAGCGCUCAACUCCUUGCGCGAAGACGUCCUCCGGAGCCGGCGCAUCGACCUCGGUGGCCCCGCGGGGGACGCGCCGGGGGACGGGGACCUGGAGACGGACGGACACCCGUCCAGCCGCUGCAUCACCGCUGAUCUCGGUAACAUCAUGCCUUCCGUGGAGCUGGAGUGGAACCGUGCAGAGGCAGAUCUUCAUCAGAUCGCACAGGGGCUGCGAGAGAUCGCCGACCAGUUUGAACUCAACGUUGUGGCCGAGGCGACCGGCAACCUGGGCAGGAACAUCUCAGCCUCCCCCUCUGAGCAGUGGAAAGAUCACCUGACGUGGGAGGUGGAGCGGGCGAUGAGGCGGGGCGUCGGUCUGGAGCACCUGCCCCAGGAGCGCGUGGCCGCGGCCCUGGCGCUCACCCUGGUGAGGGGAGUGUGCGAGCAGACCCCCCGGCUGCUGAGGGACCUCUUCUCCGCCGUGUUGCAGUACUUCACCCCGGCCGGGCGUCGCUGACGGAGGAGCGGCUGGAUUGGAAAGUGGCGUCCUGACGGAGGAGCGGCUGGAUUGGAAAGUGGCGUCCGCUUUUUUUUUAUUUAGACCGUCGACACGUGUAUGAGUUUACAGUCGUUUUUGGAAAAAGGGAAAAGGAAGGUUAAUUGAGACUUUAAUAUCUUCAUUACUUUAUUUGUUUACUAUUGCCUGAAACGGUAUUUUAUACUUGAAACAUGAUCAUAUUGUAUUUGAGGAAUUUUCUGUCAUGUAUGUUUAUUACAAUACAAUUUGAUUAAAUCUAUUUUCCCAAGA